AUGCAACAGCGCGGCCUCAUCGGCGAAAUCAUCCAGCGCUUCGAGCGCCGCGGCUACAAGCUCGUCGCCAUCAAGCUCAUGACCGCCAGCAAAGAGCACCUCGAGAAGCACUACGCCGACUUGAGCGAUAAGCCGUUCUUCAAGGGCUUGGUGUCCUACAUGGCAUCCGGCCCCGUCUGCGCCAUGGUCUGGGAGGGCAAGGAAGUCGUCAAGACCGGGCGUAUGCUGCUCGGUGCCACGAACCCGUUGGCCUCGCAGCCCGGCACCAUUCGUGGGGAUUUCGCUAUUGACGUCGGCCGCAACGUCUGCCACGGCAGCGACGGCGUCGAGAGCGCGAAGAAGGAGAUUGCCCUCUGGUUCGACGAGAAGGAGGUGCAGAGCUGGAAGAGCGCGCAAGAGGGGUGGAUCUACGAGAAAUAG